CGUGAGAGGAAGAGCUGCUGGAUCCUCCCCAUCCUGACACGAAGUGACUCCAAGAGCCUUUUGCCAGCGUGGCAAAGCUAAUGGGGACACGGGGACACUUUUUAUCAGCUUGCCGGUGUUGUUGAUGGCUCAGAUACCAAGGCCAAAGGCCUAAUACUUGUUCAAGGUCACAUAUGGUUAGGAGUUUUACGAUGGGAUGUAACUGAAUCGUUUGAAUUGAGCCAAUCAAAUGACUGGAGGACGAUAUUUGCGUGACUAUACUUGAGUUUGGACCACACAAAUGGAAUCAUAAAAUCUCGGAGAUGUUGGCGUGGAAAUGCCUCUACCCGCUGGUAUACUCCGUUGACAAUUUCUGCGAGAGGCCAAGAAGUAUUGGACAGCACACAAGAAGGUAAUAUUUCAUUCGGAAAAUCACAGCAUCAAGGCUAGAGCGUAAUCAAGAUGCAUUUUGACGAAAUCUUGCUGAAGGUCGGAGGAUGGGGAAAGUACCAAAAGAUACAGUACUUGCUUCUUGGAGUGAUGGCGAUAUUUCCAGGAUUUCAAAACCUCUGCAUGGUUUUCAUUGGUGGAGGCGACCACCGCCAUUGGUGUCACGUGCCCGAGUUACAAAACAUGUCCGCCGAUCAACAGAGGUACAUUGCAAUACCCGAGACAGUGAAUUACGAAAGGAAAAUUGUUUACGAACAGUGUAGCCAGUUCGAUAUAAACUUUGGAAAAUAUGAUGCGGAUGCGUAUAAAAAGUGGAAUAGGACUGUGAUGACUCCUGCUGGAACGAAGAGAGUUGCGUGUCGCCAUGGAUACGACUUUGACCGGAAGCAGUAUACAAGCACCAUUGCAAGUCAGUUUGAUUUGGUGUGUGGGCGUGACUGGAUGGUAGCCCUGGUAACGACUAUAUACAUGGCGGGUUUUAUGACCGGAAGCGUGGCAUUUGGUUAUAUGUCUGAUAGAUAUGGCCGUCGUUUGACUCUCUUCGUGAGCAUCAUUCUCCAAGCAAUCUUCGGCUUCGCGGCAGCCUUUGUCCCGAACUACGCCGUCUUUGUCAUCUUCCGGUUUCUUCUCGCUACCGCUGUUGCCGGUGCUGCCACAACUGCAUUCGUUAUCGUUGUGGAGAUUGUUGGCCCAAAGUCUCGCAUGACAUGCAGUAUCUUCUGCCAGGGCUUCUUCGCUGCAGGGUACAUGUUACUCCCCCUAUUGGCCUACUUCAUUCGCGAUUAUCGGUGGCUGCAGAUUACGAUGCUAGCUCCCAUCUUUCCAAUGAUCUCGUAUUGGUGGUUGGUUCCGGAGUCCCCUCGUUGGCUGAUCUCGGAGAGACGCUACGACAAAGCGCUGGAGAUCUUGAACAAAAUGGCGCAGAGCAACGGGGAGCCGGAGUUGGAGAAGACGUUCUUCGACAAAGAGAUAGUAGAAAAAGAUGAAAAGACGACGGAAGAGGGCAGCACAGGUCACGAGGUCAAGGACAAACAUGGCAGCAUCAUUGACCUCCUCAGCUUCCCCCUGCUCCGGAAGAAAUCCCUCAUCGUCUUCUUUAAUUGGUUCGUCAACAGUCUUGUUUACUACGGCGUCUCCUUCUCACGAAACCUUAUGGGAGGCAAUCUCUACAUCAGCACGUUCGUGAUCGCCUCCGUGGAGCUUCUGUCCUAUUUUAUGACUGUCGUCCUGCUGGGAAAGUGGGGGAGGCGGCGCCCACUUUCGUUCACGAUGAUCGUGGCGGGCGUGGCGUGCCUCUUGUGUUCCCCAUUUCUUUAUGACCCAGCUCUCGCACCAGCUCUGGUCACCAUGGCAAUCCUAGGCAAGUUUGGAAUCGCCUCAUCGUUUGCCAUCAUCUUCCUCUACAGUUCAGAACUAUUCCCAACCGUGGUCAGGAAUGUAGGCGUGGGCACUGGAUCUAUGCACGCUAGGAUCGGAGGACUUGUGGCGCCGCAAGUGGCCCUUCUGUCAAAAUACUGGGUCCCUCUGCCGACAGUCAUAUUCGGAACGUUUGCUGUGGCCGGCGGGCUUUUGGCCUUGUAUUUGCCGGAGACGUGGAACAAGGACCUUCCCGAGACGCUUGAGGAAGGAGAGGAAUUUGUCAGGAAUAGUGAACUGAGAAAGAAAGAAGGUGACCAGAUCUCAUUGACAGAGUCAUCCAACUUAGUGCCAAAAUGAGAAUAGCUGUGAUCGUCUUUAUGUAGUGUGAGAGGAUAGAAAAUCGGCCCGACAUUUUUCGGCUUGGAACGGGCCCAUCAUCAGCGCAAGGAAAGCACCCUGGACUGGUCCCAUGGAAGUUGUCAGACGAACGGGUAGUCGGCUAGAGUUUCCCCCUUUCUGAUAUAGAUUAUACGUUCUCGGGGAUGACUUGCACCAACACGACAAGACCAGGUGUAGCGGACGUACGGACUGUCCCUGGGGAA